AUGAAAACACAAGAUUUAAUUGGAGUUUCUACUCAAAAGUAUUUUCCAUUAUUAUUUAAUGUAGUAGUAGUUUCAUUGAUUGGCGAUGAUAACAUUAAUGCUGAUAACAAAGAUAAAAAUAAUUGUAAACAUAAUAGUUAA